CACAGACCGUCCUGCCACUCACGGAUUAUCUUUUAAUUUUUAACUUUUAAGCUUUUGAGUUUCGACUUUUGUGAUGAGUGAUCCUAGUGCUACAAAUUAAGCCUUCGUUUGAAUAGUUCUGAACUUUGCAUUACGUGUUUGCACAUUUUACUAUUACUUCACCCCCUGUUGAUGGACCUUCACUAAAUUUGGCAUGAAGAGAGUUCCAGCAGUUUUGAAAAAUGUAAACAUUGGUAAAUGUACAGAAAGAUGGACAGCAGAGUAUCUAGCUGAACAAGUUGGAAAUCAACCAGUUAAAAUCCAUGUAUCCACAUCAACAAAGUUGGAUUUUGUAAAUAAAAAUUUCCUUUACAGAACUUUGCCUUUUGGUGAACUUAUUGCAAGAGCAGCAGAGGAGAAACAUUCAAAUUACUUUUUAGAUGAGAAAGAAUUUUAUUACAUGAGAUCACUUGGAGAUGACCCACGUAAAGAUGUAGCUGACAUCAGAAGACAGUUUCCAGGCUUAGCUAAAGAUAUAACCUAUUCUGAUAUAUUCCCUGAAAAGCAGUUUUUCUCCUCUGUGUUUCGAAUUGCUUCAAAAGGCUUGUGUUUAUGGACACAUUAUGAUGUAAUGGACAACUUACUUAUCCAAGUAAAAGGCAAGAAAAAUGCUGUUCUGUUUCAUCCAAAUGAUGUGUCAUACAUGUAUAUGAAUGGUGAUAAAUCUGAGGUACUUGAUGUUGAAAAUCCAGACCUUGAGAAAUAUCCAGAGUUUAUCAAGGCCACUAAGUACACCUGUACUCUGGACUCUGGAGAUAUUCUUUUUAUUCCAGCUCUUUGGCUACACAAUAUGACCUCCCUUGAGUUUGGUGUAGCAGUAAAUGUCUUUUGGCGUCACCUGGAAGAGAAUAUGUAUGACAAGAAAGAUCCAUAUGGAAACAAGGAUCCCCAUCCUGCUGCUACUGCACUUACAUUCUUGGAGAAAGCUUUAAAGACAUUAAAACAGUUGCCUGAUGACUACAGAACAUUUUACAGCAAGCGCAUGAUAUCCAGAAUUCAAGACACUAUAUCAUGAUAUUCUAUUAAAGUUUUAAUCUUUUAAGAAAUUAAAGAUCUUACAACAUUAAAUUAUUUAUAAGAAUCUAUUGUAACAUUCUCUUUAAUUGUUUGUUGUCCCCAUGGUAGGGCAGCAAAAAGUUCAUGGACUUGCAGUGUUAAAAUCUGGGGUUUGAUUCCUGCAGUAGACACAGCAGAUAGCCCAGUACAGGAAUAUAUGUAUUGCAGUUCUCAGCAUAAAUUUAUACGUAUAUUUAGUUUAACUUGAUUUGUUAACUUGAAUUUAUUCUUUGAGAAAAAACUAAAUAUUGUGUAUGUAGAUUUGAAUGUACCAUUUCUUUCUUUUCUUGUUAUACAAUUGAUUAUUUUAAUGUAUUUUCACUUUUCUAGAAAUGAUGGCAAGUUCCAAAUGAGAUUUGAAUAUUAAAGAAACAAUACCCUUC